AGCCAAUGACGCACAGCGCCCUAUUCCCCGUCGACUUCGUCAUGAUGAGGCUGCGCUCAGAUUCACACUCUUCUCCAAACCACAAUGACCAUCUCAGACGAAGUCUACUCGCUAACUCACUCCCAGGAGACGCUCACCACAGCGCUCGCAGCCUCCCCGACAUCAUCGCCAGGGCAGCUUGCGAAGACGCUUUAUGCAGAGCAUUACAAGAAGCCCGUAGCUUCCGGUGGAGGCUAUAUGGAGACAAUCAUGGGAAUGCUGCACCGUGGAAAUACGAAUGAGACACAUCGAAUUCCACUAGGUGAACCCACGCAAGUGGAUCUCGACCGUGCCGCCGAGUGCGGAAAAUUUGGCAGUAGGCCCAGUGACUUGUUCUUAAAGAUCUACUGUGACGUGCUUGCUACGCUCGAAACAAAUCCUUGGGCUGGUGUGGUAUCACCCCCCUUGCUGGGUUCCAGAGGUGUCGUGAACCUGAGCAUUAUUUCCGUCAUUCCGGAUAUCAUACAGCAUCAUUAUGACUGCAUCGUCCGCGCUGAGUCGGAAGUGUUCUUAGCAACUAACUUUUGGCAAGCAUCCAAGUCCGCUAGCAAAAUAUGCGAUGCCUUGGUCGAACUCUCGCGCAGAGCGAUGAAAAGGGGUAAGAAGGUCGUGGUGAAGAUGAUGUACGACCGUGCAAAUAUCAAAAUGCUUACCGAAAGCCACGUUCUUGUCGACGACGCAGAAAUGGCUAGUGAUGAAGUAAAGCUGCCCAAGAGGAGCGACAUGCCAGGACUCGACUUCGAAAUAGUGAAUUUUCAUCAACCUGUUUUUGGGACGUUCCAUUGCAAGUUCUUGAUCGUGGACCGCAAAAUGGCGCUCUUGAACUCGAAUAAUAUUCAAGACCGUCCUAACAUGGAGAUGAUGAUACACUUAGAGGGCCCGAUUGUUGACAGUUUGUACGAUACUGCUCUCAUCAGUUGGUUCAGGCCCAUGAACCCACCCCUUCCGUUGCUCGAUACCCGGUAUCGGCCGCCUGACGGAGGCUACAAGUUUGGGAUGGAUAAUGAAUACUCCACGACCUGGAAUCUAGAUGGCAGCAAAGGGGCCGAACUUUUUAAGAAACUGAAGCAGGAGGCCGGCGGCAUACACGACGGAGACGAAGGAGGAAAGGAAAGUCGCGCCUCUUUUGGGUCUGUGGAUGCAGAAAUUCCAUUCAUCUCCGGUACCUAUCAGACAAUUACAGAGCACCUUAAUGCCGGAGAUCAACCAGAUACACAUGCCGGUAUCCCGUUUGAGCCACCUGCAUCGUCUGCAAACGAAUACACCCCACACAUUCUCCACACAGGUCAUGGAGAAUGUCCCAUGGUGCUGGUAAACCGUGCACCGAAUGGGAGGCCUGGAAAUCCAGACAGCGGUCUGCACAACGCGCAGGAUGCAGCCUGGCUUGCAGGGCUGAAAUACGCACAGAGGAAGGUUUUCAUCCAAAGCCCGACCUUCAAUGCAGUCCCUGUGGUAGAGGGUGUCUUGAAUGCAGUCAGACGCGGCAUCGAGUGCACACUGUAUUUAGACGUGGGCUUUAAUGAUGGUGGGGAGGCACUCCCUGGGCAAGGAGGCACAAAUGAGGAAGUGUCUAAAUCGAUGUUCGCACAGUUGAUGGGCGAGGAGAAAGAGAAACUCAAACUCUAUUGGUACACAGGCAAGGAUCAAAUCAAGCCCAUCAAUGCUUCCGUGCAACAACGGAACUGUCAUGUGAAACUGAUGGUUAUUGAUGAUUCUGUUGGGAUCGUAGGAAAUGGAAACCAAGACACGCAAUCGUGGUAUCAUAGCCAAGAGGUGAACGUUAUGGUCGAUAACCCAACGGUGUGCCAGGAAUGGCUUGAUGCCAUCCGGAGAAAUCAGAACACGCAUUUGCAUGAAAUACAGAAGGAUGGAAUAUAUCGUGACAGGGAAGGCAACCCACUUACGGAUUCUACUGGCGUUGGAUCGGGAUUUCGAGGGGUGGUUAAAGGAAUCCAAGGGAGCAUCGCGCGGGCUCGUGGAAAGGGUGGGUUUUAGGCACUUCUUCUGUCGAAACACAUGUAGGAUAGAUUGUACGACUUAGUGGUACAUGAAUACAUAAGUAGAACGGCGCUGGAGGCUCACCUAGUAGAGUUGACAGUCAUUAUUAACCCAAUGUAUACUCACUGCGUUCUGGGUGAAA